GACACGUGUCAAUCCCUCCCUUGACCUGGCAGCAGUCACACCCGAAAAUGGCGAAGUUCGCGGACGCCAGGCGCCGACUGCCACCGCCCUGCAAGAGAUGGUCGAGACUGCUGCCACACUCGUGGUGUGCGGUGCUGCUGUCACUCGUUCUCGUUCUCUUCUUCUUGGAGACAAGGGGCGGCUCUAUCGUCGUUGCCGCUGCUGCGGCCACUGCGGGAGCAGCCGAAAGCGGAAAGGCGAAGACCGGCGGCGGCCUCGGGGCGCCGGCGAGCGACAUCAUCACGGUUACCAGCGAGAACUUCAAAGAAACGAUAAAGGAGGGUACGUGGUUCGUCAAGUUCUACACCGAUUGGUGCAAACACUGCCAGCGGCUACAGCCCACGUGGGAAGAGCUGGCGACAGAGCUCAAGGGAAAGGUAAACGUGGGCCAAGUCAAUUGCGACAGAGACUACUCGCUGUGCCGACGGUUUCACGUGGCAGGGUACCCGACCCUGGUGCACGUGCACAACCGAAGGACUCGCGUAUACAAGAAAUCUCGAGGGAAAGAAGCGCUGGUGGCGUUUGCCCUCAACGGUUACAAGAAGCAGGUGGCCGUCUCGGCGCUCAAGUCGCCCUUCGGACCGUUGGAAAACUUCAAGGCCCUGGUCGCGAGGGAGGCGUUGCGCGCCAAAAAUUUCGUGGUAUCGACAAUAGAGAAGGGAACACCAAUGUGGAUGGUCUGCCUUUGUGCGGUGGCGGUGCUCGUGGUGGUGACCGUAGUUGUCGCGACUGUGCUCGUCAGCGUCAAGCGACCAAAGGAGGACUGAAAAAUCCGUUACCUCUGUGUGUAGGCGGGAAGAUUCGCCGCUGGCCUGGCCCGAAUUCGAUCGACGUCGUCUCCUACUUGGCCGUCUUUGUCGUCCUCAAGGAACGCUUCGCCUUCGGCGGAGGGAGGAAACGCCUCCGAGAAGCUGGAGAUAAUGGAGUCUCGAAAGGGGGCAUGCGCACGUGGACUGGUGCGGUUUUGUUCCGGACUCAGGCAUUCUUGGUCAUUUAUAAGCAUAGCAAACAAACAGGCGAUGCGUUUUUGCGAGCGUGGUUGUUGCUCUUAGCAGGAGUAAAGUACAACGACAUGUGUA